CACCACUAAUUUGAGUAGCCAUUGGCCGUCAAAACUAGCUUUGUUGUCCCAAUGUGGAUUGUGCUGAAAUUAUAUCUUGUAUAAUUUGUUGGCACCCUAGUUGGCUUAUCAAGCUUCUUGACUCUAGCAUUGGUAGAGAAGGUAUAGUCCGCUCAGAAAAAACGAUGAGUCCCAUGAGCAUGAUCACGACCAUGACCGUGAUGUUUCUUUAGUCAAGUCAAGGUUCGAUACCUGCUAAGGUUGCUUAGAAUUUCGUUAAGAUUGUUGUAUGUACGCGGUUACCCUCCAUAGCAUAGUUACAUUUGGACAGUGAUUCAGUGUGCUUGUGUCAGAUAGGUGAGAUUUGGGUUGUGAGUUGAGUUCGGACCUCUGAUUUAGAUGGAGCUCAAAUCGUUCUCUUCUAGUUCUGUGUCCACAUUUGAUGUUGCCCGUGUUGGAAGAUCCUAUUCUACUUUCAUCUCCACUUUCAGGCACAAAGUUGGAGUUAAAUUUUCUACCCACUUCAAGUGCCGCAGAGGGUUGUUUCUGAGGACUUACAGUGGUUCGGACAAGGCAUAUUUCACAAAUGAAGUUGUAAGUAGUUCAGUUGGUCAAGAUAAUCUUGCAGCAGAAACGAGUUUCCGUAGAAUUAACGGAACCAAUGGCUCAACUUCGAGCUUCUAUUACAGAAAUCUGAGAGUACUUGAUGCUUUUGAUGAUGAAUAUGGGGGAGUUGUCGUUGAUUCAGAUAGGAUACCAUCCAACCCAUAUACCUUCGCAUCUUUGUUGCGUUUGUCUCUCUUUCAGUGGAAAAAGAUGGGAAAAAAGGGAAUUUGGCUUAAGUUGCAGUUAGAGCAAUCUGACCUUGUUCCAAUUGCUGUUAAGGAAGGCUUCCAAUACCACCAUGCCGAACCAGGAUAUGUGAUGUUAACUUACUGGAUUCCUGAAGGACCCAGCAUGCUUCCAGCGAAUGCCUCUCAUCAAGUUGGAGUUGGUGGGUUUGUCAUCAACGACAAAAAUGAAGUGCUUGUAGUACAAGAGAAACACUGCUCUCCAGCAACUCUUGGUCUUUGGAAGAUACCAACCGGAUUCAUUCUUGAGGCAGAGGAGAUAUAUACUGGAGCUGUAAGAGAAGUGAAGGAGGAAACUGGGAUCGAUACAGAGUUCAUUGAAGUCAUAGCAUUUAGGCAUGCUCAUAAUGUGGCCUUUGAGAAGUCAGAUUUGUUCUUCAUCUGCAUGCUAAGACCCCUGUCAUCUGAGAUCAUUGUUGAUGAUCUUGAAAUUGAAGCAGCAAAGUGGAUGCCUCUGGUUGAGUUUGUAGAGCAACCACUGAUCCAAGAAGACUCCAUGUUCAAGAAGAUCGUGGAUAUCUUUAUUGCUCGUCUGGGGAAACGAUAUUGUGGCUUAUCAACUCAUCAAGUAGUUUCAAAGUUUGAUGGCAUGGUAUCUUCCUUGUACUACAAUGUCAUCGACAAUGAAGAUACCUGUGUUGGAAAAUGAGAACUCAAAAGGAGCAUGAAACGCUUCUUGGCUCGAUGUAUAACAACCCUCGCUUCUCAAAUUUCAGCAUGAAGCUGAAAACCGAGCUAACCACUAUACUGUGUAUGUUAACAUGCAAAUCACAAUUUAUCCCUAUUAUGUAUAUAAAUAUCUCCAUCAUGCUGCUGCUUCAUCAUCA